UCAGUGUAUAAGCAGUGGUACCGCGACGUCAGUGUCUCUGGCACUGUGCUGAGUUGGUCGUGGCCAGUAGCAACGUCACUCCCUGACGGCGGCAUCGGAGCAGCGCGAGCGGCGAGCGAAGCAGCGAGUCGCUCCGGAACUCAGCGGCGGAGGAAGACGACGUCGGGCGGACAGACAGACGGGCUGUCUUGCUUUUGGACUGACUGGACGGCGACUUUCCGCGUUGGAAACUCAGGCAAACCACUGAGUGGCUCCCUUAAAUAGCUUUGUGUGUAAUUCAAAGUGUCUAAGUAAUACCCGGAGACCAUAAGGAACACAAGAUGCUGAUUUCCAGCGUGGCAUCCCUCAGAAGGACAUCACUGGCCAUGGAUACAGACAGCAGAUGUUUGCAGUAAAGAGGAGAAGAUUGGAGGAGGUAGUGACAGGUGCUGCGUGCCAAGGUGGAUUUGGAGGUGUGGAGGAGAGUUGAAGAUCAUGGGUAAAUCAAACAGCAAGCUCAAACCAGAGGUGGUGGAGGAGUUGACAAGGAAAACCUACUUUACAGAGAAAGAGGUGCAGCAGUGGUACAAAGGUUUCAUUAAAGAUUGUCCAAGUGGGCAGCUUGAUGCUGUGGGCUUUCAGAAGAUAUAUAAGCAGUUCUUUCCCUUUGGAGAUCCUACAAAGUUUGCCUCUUUUGUCUUCAAUGUGUUUGAUGAAAAUAAGGAUGGACGCAUCGAGUUCUCUGAGUUCAUACAGGCCUUGUCUGUGACCUCUCGGGGGACUCUGGAUGAGAAGUUGAGAUGGGCUUUUAAAUUAUAUGACCUGGAUAACGAUGGCUACAUCACCCGAGAUGAGAUGUUGAACAUAGUAGAUGCCAUUUAUCAGAUGGUGGGCAACACUGUGGAGCUGCCAGAAGAAGAAAACACGCCAGAAAAACGAGUGGACCGUAUAUUUUCAAUGAUGGACAAGAAUGCAGACGGGAAGCUGACUCUGCAAGAGUUUCAGGAGGGCUCAAAGGCAGACCCUUCUAUUGUUCAGGCAUUGUCACUCUAUGAUGGACUUGUGUAGAUGGAUCCAACUCAGCAUCCUCCUGUGCGUUACAUGCCAAUCCAGCACCAUCACAACCGUAACGGGAGGAGGCCACGUUUAAUUCGCUCACCCAGAAGUGGACUGCAAACCUUUCGUCGCACGGCCAUACGGCAUCUGUGUCAAGUAGCUGUUCGUCUACAUUUCCAGUCAGGAUUGUAAACAAAUAUAUCCUCUGCCGUGACGGAGAAUUCCAACUCGUCAGCGAAACCCUCAGUCAUUCAUCUGUGCUUUCUGCGGCUAUGUGGCACAGCGUACACACUUGAGUGUUGUGGACUGUACGAGCAUUUCUGCAAGCGCAGUGUUGUGAUUUCCCCACGGACAGUUCAAGGAACUGAAUUCCCUCUGAGAUGUUACUGUGCGUCUUGUUCACAUACUGUAAAGCAAGGGAGGCAUGUAAGCUGCUCUGAGAAACUGCUACAUCACCACAUGCACAGAUGGGAGAUUUGGGGAAGAAUCUGGCAAAAUGUGUGAAAAUGUGAACACUGACUUCAAGUUACAGAGCAGUAUAGUGUAUAUUGUAUAAUGUAUAUAUAAUUUAUUUUCUGCUUUGCUGCAUUUAUGGGAAUUUUACUCAUAAGUAUGGAAUGAAGUUUUAUUUUUUAAUCAAAAGUGUUCGAAAUGUUGCACUGUAUUUUUCAUUAUUAUUGUGGGAUUGUUUUUUUCUCACAUUCUGAAGUUUCCUUUUCCUGAGAGAACAGGGUUUUUAUUUAAAGAAGAGUGUUGAAGGAGGGCAGAGUUUUCUAUAGAUUAUUUUACUAUGUUUGCAGUCUGUGCAUCCUAUUGUGUUUCCACUUCCCUGUUAGCACGAGCGUCUAGUGUCUGCAGUGUUGCACAGCCGCAUCCUGAACGACAUGCACCAGGCAACACAACAAAUUGUCAUAGCCUGCAUCUGAAUUGAGGCUCAUUAUGUCCAUUGAGAGCAUCGUACUCCACCCACCGCACACACAAAGCCUGGUCAUUGAGAGGCACAAACAGACAUCAAUUCUGGUUGUAAAGCUUUUGCGAGCUCUGUGGUUGCAAUUGUCUUCUUAGUAUUUGUCCUGUGAAAGGCCAGAGCAUGUAUUGAUGCCUUUUUUUCCCAUUCUUUGACUAUUUUACGUACAGCAUUAAGAUGUUUUUAUCAGCUUCACUGAUUUUAUGCCUUAUGCAAAUGAUAAUUUACUAAAUGAUAAAUGUCAUUUACCUGUUGAUUGACAGUAUAAGAGCACAGAAUAAAAUGCAUUUAAGUGGCUAACUUUUC